GGUCCUGCUUGUGACGGACGGCGGCGUCCGGUCCUGCCCGUGACGGCGGUGGCGGCCGAUCCUGCCAGUAACAGCUGCGGCGGCUGCUCGAGACACCUGCGGCGGCGCCGGCGGCGACCCCGCGGCGGCCGCUGAGAUGUUGCCCCUGGUGGUCCUGCUGCUGGGCUCGGCGAGCUGCGGUUCAGCUCAGCUAAUAUUUAACAUAACCAGAUCUGUAGAAUACACUGCUUGCAAUGAAAGUGUUAUCAUCCCAUGCUUUGUUAAUAACGUGGAGGCAACAAACAUUAAUGAGAUGUAUGUAAAGUGGAAAUUAAAAGGAAAAGACAUUUUCACCUUUAAUGGAGCUCUACAGAAGACCACUCAUGGUGAUAAGUUUAAGAGUACAAAAAUCAUACCACAAAAAUUACUAACUGGCAUUGCAUCUUUGGAGAUGGAUAAGGAAGAAGCUGUUGUAGGAAACUAUACUUGUGAAGUAACUGAAUUAAGCAGAGAAGGCGAAACCAUCAUAGAACUAAAAUACCGAAUUGUUUCAUGGUUUUCUCCAAAUGAAAAUAUCCUCAUUGUUAUUUUCCCAAUUUUGGCUGUACUUCUGUCUUGGGGACAGUUUGGUAUUGUGACAAUUAAAUAUAAAUCCAGUCUUGUGAAGGAGAAAACCAUUCUUUUAUUUGUUGGUGGACUAGUGCUCACUAUAGUUGUCAUUGUCGGAGCCAUUCUUUUCGUCCCAGGUGAAUAUUCAACAAAGAAUUCUUGUGGACUUGGUUUAAUUGUAAUUCCUACAGUGAUAUUAAUAUUACUUCAGUACUGUGUGUUUAUAAUAGGUGUUUGGAUCUCUCCCUUCACCAUUGCCAUACUAAUACUCCAGGUACUGGGCUAUGUGCUUUCUGUGGUUGGACUAAGCCUCUGUGUCUCAGAGUGCAACCCAGUGCAUGGCCCUCUUCUGAUUUCAGGUUUGGGUAUUAUAGCUCUAGCAGAAUUACUUGGAUUAGUUUAUAUGAAACUUGUUGAAUUCAGAGGCACACCUUCGGUCAGUUGAAGGGCAAGAAGAGAAAAGGUACAGAAAACUUGCUCUUUAGAUAAUGUGGUAGAAUGGGAAAAUUGAUGUGUUUUUCUUAAAAUAAUCUUAAUGUAUAAGUGUGAGUAUCUGUAACAUUAAGGUUACAAAUUUUAGCAUUUUUAUCAGGAGGUAAAAAUUGUAAAUGUUUCCAAAAUAAAUUUUACUCAUUGCUGAUGCUCUGUUCUGGAAAAGCUUAAUGAAUGUGUCUUGACUUAAAUGCAGUAAAAUCCUCAGGGUUUUUUGUUGUUGUUGUUGUCUUUGUUAAAAAUCCAAGCUAACUUCAAGAGUAAGUUAAUGACCCUAUGAGAAAUUUAACUUUUGUUGUUUUUAUGAUUUCCAAGCUUAAAUUUGUAGCCUUAAUGGUUGCUCUAGAAGUAAGAUUUCUAAAUUUCAUUUCCUGUGGUCUUUUUAAACCAUGUUGCAUUUCAUUUUGUUUCUGGAAGCAUCUAAGUUUUGCAGAAUGAAAUUCAGGCUAGAAACAAUAACAAUGUGAGAUCAUACAGAAAAUUAAGUAGAACUUACUAAACUCACUAGAGUUAGACUUGUUGUUUUUAUGUGACAUCAGUAUCCGUUAUUUAUAAGUCAGUGCUUGUUCAUUUUUUUAAAGUCAUUACCACUUAGUUCAAUAGAAGUGCAUAUAAAUAUGUUUUGAUACAAAUCAACUUAGUAGUAUACAGAAGCCAUAUUUACCACAACAUCAUGGUUGUUUUAGAAUGACAUGGAAUAUAUAUAUAUAUAAUCCAGUGAUAGUUUAUAGCCCAUUGUUAAGGAAAGGUGAGUCUGAUAUCAGUAGGAAAAAUAGUCCUGAAAAUUCAAAACCUAGAAAAACAUUUAUACUGUGUGGUCAGGUGUUUCAGGGAGAGAAGAAUAAAUCAAGAAGAAACUAUGCAGGGGCGCCUGGGUGGCUCAGUGGGUUAAGCCGC